AUGUUGGACCAUGCUCUUCACCCCCAACAAGAUCUUUUUGAUAAAUUACUUAUGGUGCUGUGGGCACUCUGGAAGAAUAGAAACAAUAAGCUUUGGAAUGACUCUUGUCAAACUGCAAACGAUCUUGUUCUUGGUUCGAUGACUUGGUUAGAAGAAUUCGAGAAAGCCAGGAAACUUGAAAAGCAGCCAAAGCAGGCCCGUAACGGGAAAACCUGGAAACCUGCACUUCAUGGCAAGUGGAAGCUAAAUGUAGAUGGAAGCUUCUUGCCCCACAGUACAAAGGGUGGUGUUGGAGGUGUACUUCGUGACAGUUCGGGCCACUUUAAAGCGGGCUUUGUUCUUCAAACAUCCUAUGCAGCAUCGGCGAAACAUGUGGAACUUAUGGCCAUUAAGGAAGGACUGGAACUGCUGAGAAACUUGCUGGCAAGAAAUGUGAUCCUUGAAACUGAUUGCCUAGAGGCAACUCAAGAUAUCCGGAACUACAAUCAUGAACGUGUAGUAGAAGGAAGGCUGAUCGAUGAUAUCAAGGCUACAGAGUGCAUUCUGUAUGUCCUUGAAUUCGAUUUAUCAGCCCCAUUAAAGGCGUUUCUAUAA